CAACGGUCACUUCACGCGGUGCGAGGUAUAUAUACGUGCAGACACCUGAGGCUACCACACUCCCUGCGUCACCACUGCACAAUGACUGCCAAGAUUCUCUUCCUCCUGGCCCUGGUGGCAGCUGCCGCCGCCGAGGGGUCUCACUCCCACGAGGACUCCUACGGCGCGUCCUCCGAGGAGGCCAAGUAUGAAUUCAGCUACCAGGUAAAAGACGACGAGGGCAACGACUUCGGCCACGAGGAGAGGCGCGACGGCGACCACACUCAAGGCUCCUACUACAACGAGCUGCCUGACGGCCGCCGCCAGACCGUCACAUAUAAAGUGAAGGGUGACUCCGGCUACGUGGCGGACGUCAAGUACUCGGGCGAGGCUCACUACGACUCUAGCUCCUACGAGUCCAGGGAGUCCGAGUCCAGGGAGUCCGAGUCCAGGGAAUAUUAUAACUAGGUCUGCGAGGAGCAGCUUGACCUACGAGUCACUCACACACAAACACACACACACACACACACACACACACACACACACACACACACACACACACACACGGGUCAGCGGGGCCACAUCACAGCUGCCAUCCCCACCCUGACAACGCCGUCCCGCUGCCACACAGUCCUGCGUGCCGUGCGGGCGUCUCCUCACUUUCGUUACUCACCUUCACCCUUGUUAUUGUAUGUCGUUAUGAUAUUGGAAUGACUGAAUAAAGUUAAAAAAGAAA